AUGGCGCCACGACUUCAAGCUUCGAGGUGCCUGGCUAGGCGUUGCGUCGCGUCACGAGGCGCGGUGCCGUUAUCGUGGUCUGCACGCGAGCUGCAGCAAACGAGGGGCAUUGCGACUUCGUAUUUGAAAAAGGUUGCUGACGGCGAGGAGCGGUGGGAGAAGAGAGCGCAGCAAAUUCAAAAUGGGGAGCUGCCCCAUGUUUGGGAUGUUCUUGAUGAAAGAGGAUACAUCAAGGACGUUGCUGGCACCCCGGACAAGAUCAAAGAAGUCAUGCGCAUCAAGAGAAUAGGCGCCUACGUCGGCGUCGACCCAACCGCCGACUCGCUGCAUAUCGGGCAUCUCCUCCCCUUCAUGCCUCUCUUCUGGCUCUGGUUCCACGGAUACCCGGCCGUAACGCUCCUCGGCGGCGCCACCGCUCGAAUUGGCGAUCCUACCGGGCGGCUGCAAAGCCGCGAGCACAUGGCCAACUCGGAGAUUUCAAAAAACGUCACCAAAAUACACUACCAGCUCACCAGACUGUGGAGAAACGUCGUGGCAUUGCGAGAAAAGUAUGGCUACGAAAAGGACUGGGCUGCCAAGCACCACCUGCUGAACAACAACAUGUGGCUCCAGGGCCUGUCUGUAUACGACUUCACGAAGCGGCUUGCGCGAAACACUCGAAUCGGACCCAUGCUCUCCCGCGAAACGGUGAAGCGCAAGAUGACCGAGGGCGAUGGCAUGUCCCUCGGAGAGUUCAUGUAUCCGCUCUUUCAGGGCUGGGACUUUUGGCACAUGUACAACAAGCUGGGCGUUCAGAUGCAGAUUGGUGGCUCGGACCAGUAUGGAAAUAUCGUGGCGGGCAUCGACGCCCUCAAGGUUAUUCGCGACAGUGAAGAGGCGCCGCACGCCAAGAUGCCCACGGAGUGGCAGCACGAACCCAUGGGCUUCACGGUGCCUCUUCUUCUCGACUCGGCGGGAGCCAAGUUUGGCAAGAGCGCAGGCAACGCCGUCUGGCUGGACGAGUUCAAGACGUCGCCCUUUGAGCUCUACGGGUACUUUAUGCGCCGGCCGGACGACGAGGUGGAGAAGCUGCUGAAGCUGUUUACGUUUAUGCCCAUGGCGCAGAUCCAGGAGACCAUGACGCAGCACUGCGCCGACCCCUCCAAGAGGGUCGCCCAGCACACUCUCGCCUUUGAGGUCCUGUCCCUGGUCUACGGCUCGCAAAGGGCCCUCCAGGAAGCGCAGCAGCACAAGUUCCGGUUCGGCGGAGAGCUGCCGCACGUCAUAAACGAGCCCUCCAAGGACAGCGGAAUCGUCACGCCCAACAAUGCGCCCCGAAGCGACAUUCAGCUGCCCCGAUCCGUCAUGAAGCUCUCCCCGGCGAAACUUCUUUUCGCAACUGGCCUGGCUAGUAGCAACAGCGACGGCCAGCGCCUCGUCUCCCAGCAAGGCGCGUACGUGGCCGCCCAGCCAGGCCAGACCCGAGGCCUCGUGCCGGGCAACUUGUCUUGGACCCCGAUGAAGAUGUGGUUCCCGGAAGAAACGGCCAAGUACCUCAUCGAUGAGAAGAUUCUGAUCCUCCGCAAGGGGAAGCACAAUGUGCGCAUCGUCGAACUAGUUUCCGACGAAGAAUGGGAGGCCAGCGGCAAGAUAUACCCCGGACAGCCGUACACGGGCAUGGUGCGCCGCAUGACGGAGCAGUUGGAGAAGGAGGCCGAGGCGGCUGGCAAGAAGCUGAAGCCGAAUGAGCUGAAGCAGUUGCUCGAGGAGAGGACGCGCGAGCAGCAGGCCCUCAAGGUAGCUAACAAUCCCGACAUUGAGCUGCCGAGCAAGCAGGAGAUACGGCAGAGGAAGCAGACCAAUGGGCGCGGGAGCCAGAACAAGUCCAAGUGGUAG